AAUGCUACAAAUGUCACAAUCCAAGUGCAUGGUGAAUGGAUUUCCACUCCCGGGCAUUUUGGAUUUGAAGAAUCCUUACAUUUCCAUGGCCAUCCGAGAAGUUGGCAUAAGAUAACUUUGGUUUUGCAGGUAUUAUUGAACUUGUUAUAUUUCUAUGGAGUGUGUGGUCGAUUAAAGGAAUGCCUGCUUCAUCGCUACUUCAGUAAGGAGCUUAGGUCUAGCACCAAUGGUGCAGAAUCAGAUGUAAUACAAGCUUGUCGAAGGUUACUAGACGAAAGGCAAAGUUUGAAUGUCAUGCGCUUUCUUCAAGCAAUGAAUGAGAGGCAUGACCUUACAGAGGCCUUAAAGAAGCUACCAUGGAAAACACUCAUUUUUGUGGGUGAUUGCAGUCCAUUCCAUACUGAAUCAGUGUAUAUGAAUGCUAUGAUGGAAAAAAAGAUAUGCCCUCUUGUUGAGGUUCAGUCAUGUGGCUCGCUAGUGACAGAAGAACACCCAUAUGCAAUGUUGAUUCCCAUUGAAGUCUUUUUAAUGGGGUUUGGCUUAGAAAUUUGAUAGUUUAGAAAUGCCUCUCUCCCUGCUUCACCUCAUUUAAUCAGUGUUGCAUAUUUUGGCAAGCCACAGAAGCAGAACCGCAGCUUUGCACGUAAAUAUGCAAACAUGUUAAGUAUAUAAUGUCUUCAUGGUAGCACAUUCUUUGGUUGGUUUUUGUGUUAGUAGGGAGAGGAUUUUUGUGUUCAAUUAGGUUUUCAGUGAAUGAAUUCGUUCUAAUCAAGUGUAGAUAAAGCAGAUGAGAGAUAUUGUAGUUUGAGGGGUAGAGAUAUUCUUUUUGAGCAUGGCUUAAAUGUUUGCACACAUUGAUGAUGACUACUUUGUAAGUUUAACUGUUCGUUUAUAAUAAAGUCCUUUUAUAGA